GCACCGCCAUCUUGUUCAACUCGAGACCACCUGCCUUCCGGGCUGGGGCUUGUUAGUCACUCGGCGGGGCGGGGCCAGGCGAUGGCUACCAAGGAGACCAGCUGGCUUGCGCCACCUGCUUCUACCUCUGGACCUUGGCCCUGCGGGGCCCCAGGACAAGUGGCACGAGCUGCGGGGCCGUUCUCCGGGCGAAGCGGCCGCGCAGUCGCCCGACUUGGGGAAUGGACCCAGGCGGCUGUGGAGAAGCAGGGGCCAUACAUGGUGAUGCGCAUGCCUUCCAUUCAGGCCAAACUGCAGAAGCACCGGGACCUGGCCAAGUCGGUUCUGCGGAAAAAAGGCAUGCUGGCGGCCUCGCCGAACCGCCCCGACUCUUCAGGGAAAAGGUCAGUGAAGUUUAACAAGGGCUAUACUGCUCUUAGUCAGAGUCCUGAUGAAAACCUGGUGUCCUUCAACUCUGACAGUGAUGGGGAGCUGGAAUCCAGAUACUCUUCCGGGUAUUCCUCUGCAGAGGCAAGUCCAGAAUGCCUUCCUGUGCGGGGCCAUGCAUCAGGCAGUGUCACCACCACUGCCAAAUGCUUGUGUAGUGCCUGCUGUGUGCACAGCACUAUACCAGACUUCCGGUUGGUUCUCCAGUCUUGUACUCUGCCCUCUUCCCACAGCAGAGCAGGUAAACCAGGAUGUGAGCCGUCAGCUGCUCCAGGAUGGGUAUCACCUGGAUGAGAUUCCAGAUGAUGAGGACUUGGACCUCAUUCCCCCCAAGCCUAUGGCCUCCUCAACGUGCUCCUGCUCCUGGUGCUGUCUUGGGGACUCUUUCUCUUGUACCCUCCAGUAGACAUAACCCCUUAAAAUGGACCCUGCUUGCCAUGCCUGCAGGACCCUUUUCUGCUCUUCAUAGGUCACAAGAGUACAGUGGGAACUGCCGUCAGCCCCAGAAUCACUUGAGGUACAGACUUGGGAAGUCAGUGAGCUAUAGUUGCCCCUUACCUGGUGCUACUCAUGCCAGAGGCCCCCAUCUGGGUGAGAGGGUGUAUGUGGAAGACAGUUUUCCUCUGCUAUUGGAACAGAGUUUGGUGAAAACACAUUAACAAGGGCAGGAAUAUAGGAAUUCUGGCUCUUACAGUGAGGGAGAAAGUUGACGAAGAAAAACUCUUGAAGACAUCAUUGGUAUUUAUAGUCAUGCUCUUCAGAGGAAAAAAGAGCUUUUGUGUCCAGGUUGUGCAUGAUGGUGUUAUGUGGAGGCAGAAAAUAGCACUUUGUGGCUUGCAGCUGGAAAUCUUUGGGAAAAGUAAACUUAACUGUAUGGGACCAGUUAAAGAAAUUCCUUAAGCUCUC